CUACAAUGGUAAUGUACCUUUACAGUUAUCGAACACUCUCACGCAAUUCGGCUGGUUUAAUUGCGAAUUCUACUUGCCAUAGUCGUGUGUGUACCUAUAAGUGACAUCAUUCAAGAGAAACUCAUAUAAGUACCCUUUUAAGUCAAAUCAUCUUCUUGUCUCACAACCACAACAAACAACUCAUACAUAAAUAUGUCUCUACACGAACAAAUUAAACUCAACGACGGCAACACCAUCCCAGCAAUCGGCUUGGGUACUUGGUUAAGUAAGCCAGGUCAAGUAAAAGAUGCCGUUAUCCAUGCAGUAAAAAACUCAGGAUAUCGUCAUUUAGAUUUAGCAAAAAUUUACCAAAAUCAAUCUGAGAUUGGAGAAGCAUUCAAAGAAUUGAUUCCAUCAGUCGUCAAACGUGAAGAAUUGUUCAUCACUUCAAAAUUAUGGAACUCAGCCCAUAAGCCGGAACACGUUGAAAGUGCAUUGGAUGAUACACUCAAAGAACUUGGAUUGGAUUAUUUGGACUUGUACUUGAUCCAUUGGCCAGUCGGUUUUGAAACCGCAAAGCCAAACCAAGAUUUGACUCCAAAUGACGGAAAGCAAAAUACAUUGGACCUAAAGACCACUUUGGUCGAUACCUGGAAUGCAAUGAUCAAAUUGCAAAAGACCGGAAAGGUCAAGUCAAUCGGUGUUUCAAACUACACGCAAGCCCAUUUGGAAGGUAUCAUCAAAGCUACCGGUGUCGUUCCAGCAGUGAACCAGAUCGAAGCUCAUCCAUUGUUGCCACAAGAAGAUUUGGUCAAAUUCUCCAACGAAAAGGGAAUCCAUAUCACUGCUUACAGUCCUUUGGGUAACACACUCCAAUACGGAGAAGGAAAGGAGAAGGAUAUCAUCUCUUCUGAACCCGUUCAAAGCGUUGCUAAAAAGCUUAAUGCUGACCCUGCUCAAGUUUUGAUCGCUUGGGGUCGUGGCCGUGGAUAUUCAGUCAUUCCAAAGAGUGUUACGCCAAAACGUAUCGAUUCAAACUUUCAACAAAUCAAGCUUUCAGCUGAAGAUUUCAAGACUGUUAGCAACUUUGUCGUUCAACAUGGCGGUCAUCAUCGUUUCAACAUCGGUUACAAUUACAAGCCUAAAUGGGAUAUCAACAUCUUUGAAGAAGAUGUUGAAUUGCAAGCCACCCAUAAGGUCAACAUUGGCGCUUAAAUAGAUUUGAAAUGAUGUAUACCAAUGAUCAAUAUUACAGGAA